AUCUCCAGAGGCAGAGAGUACUCUGUUCAAGUCAGGGCUUUGGAGUUUGAACAAUCAGGACAGGUAAUCAGUAACCACCGCCGCCAUGUCUUCCACAAUCAUCUCCUCUCUACGCUUCCUCGCCACCAAAAUCCCCAUCUCUCACUACCCACCAACCACAACAAGAACCCUAACAAUACCCAUCUCUUCAACCAUUACUUUCUUCAAAAGACCAAUCUUUUUCCAAAGAAUUCCCACCAGAAAACUUCCUACGGCAUCAUCAUCACCAUCAAGCUCUGUGGAGAUUCAACCAAUCGAAGAGCUCCCUCCCAAGCUCCAGGAGAUCGUGAGGCUCUUCCAGUCAGUGAAGGACUCGAGGGCCAAGUAUGAGCAGCUCAUGUUCUACGGCAAGAACCUGAAGCCACUCGAUACCCAGUUCAAAACAGAGGAAAACAAAGUGGAGGGUUGUGUCUCUCAGGUCUGGGUUAGGGCGUACCUCGAUGCGGAGAAGAACGUUGUGUUUGAGGCUGAUUCUGAUACGGUGUUGACAAAGGGGCUUGCUGCUUUGCUUGUUCAGGGGUUAUCGGGGCGUCCUGUGGAGGAGGUUUUGAGGGUUACUCCGGAUUUCGUGGUGCUUUUGGGGCUUCAACAGAGCUUGACGCCUUCGAGGAAUAAUGGGUUCUUGAAUAUGUUGAAGCUGAUGCAGAAAAAGGCACUCGAGGCAUUUGUUCUGGCCGAGAGGGGUGCUGGGUCUGUUGAAUCGGAUUCUAUUCAAAAUCAAAUUGAGGAUUAUUCAAGUCCAAGAUUGAAACUUGAUGGCAGCGAUGGGAAUACGAGUGCUGGCUUGAGUACUGAAGAGGGCAGUGAUGAUUCGGAGAACAAAUCGGAUUUGGGUUUAUUGGGAAGUAGAGGAUUGAGAAUCAGGGAGAGAUUGGAGAGGGAGCUUGAUCCUGUUGAAUUGGAAGUGGAAGACAUCUCUUAUCAGCAUGCCGGCCAUGCUGGUGUUAAAGGUAGUGAUGGGGAGACACAUUUCAACCUGAAAGUUGUGUCUAAAGAGUUUGAAGGAAAGAGCUUGAUUAAGAGGCAUAGGUUAAUUUAUGAUAUUUUGCAAGAAGAGUUGCAGAGUGGACUACAUGCACUGUCAAUAGUAGCGAAGACUCCAGCUGAGGUUGCUCAAAAAUAAAGAGUGCCAAUGACUCAUGACUGCUAGGUUCAUUUCCCCCCUUCGUAUCCAUUUCUGCGAGAGUUUAUUUUCUUUGAAUUUAUUGUAGACAAGGGGCUUAGAGUUUCCAAUAUUUUUGACAUUGAUAUUUAUAUCUUUACAGGAAUAACUUUGAUAUUAGUGGAAUUUUGCAAUAAACUCACUGCACUUAAAUUCGGUGUU